AUUAACCCCUUGACAAGGGCGUCCAACGCUCCCGUGCUUCGUGCCAUGCAUAUGCCCAGGUAGACUAGUCGUAGUAAGCUGCAGGUAUAGUACUGUAGUGUAGAUCGACCACGAAGCAAAUCGAUCUCCGCAACAAACACAUUUAUGAUCCUCACCAGCACCCACUGGUAGGAAUCAUAUAUAAAGCUAGCUAUACUAAGAAAGUGCUCAUGCAUCUUGAUUAUUGAUACUCCAUAUAUAGCAAUAAUCAGAGAGUUCUAUUAUAUCUCUUGUGGUGACCUGUGUAAAAGUUGCAAGAAGCUAGAGCAGUAGCUGGCUACUGGCGUCGUCGGUCGAUCGAUCGAUCGAUCAGCUGUCCAGAUAGACAGAUUUAUAGGUGAUCGAGCAAGAUGGUGGCGAAGGGCUUGAUCACAUUCACGGGCGUGAUGAGCUGGGUGCUGGCGGCCCUGCUGGUGGUCGCCGCCGCCGCCGGCGUCGGCACCGCGUCGGCGCAGGCGGCGGGGCUGAAGAAGGGGUUCUACAAGAAGAGCUGCCCGCGGGCGGAGGACAUCGCGCGGGAGGUGGUGUGGGCGCGCGUCGCCGGCAACCGCGAGCUCGCCGCCAAGUUCCUCCGCAUGUUCUUCCACGACUGCUUCGUCAGGGGCUGCGACGCGUCGGUGCUGCUGGACUCGCCGACCAACACGGCGGAGAAGGACGCGGCGCCGAACCUGUCGCUGGCCGGCUUCGACGUGAUCGACGAGGUGAAGGCGGCGCUGGAGCGGGCGUGCCCCGGCGUCGUCUCCUGCGCCGACAUCGUCGCGCUCGCCGCCAGGGACUCCGUCUCGUUCCAGUACAAGAGGAACCUGUGGGAGGUGGAGACGGGGCGGCGCGACGGCACGGUGUCGAGCGACCAGGAGGCGCUGGACGACAUCCCGGCGCCGUCCUCCACCUUCGACAUCCUCCUCGCCAACUUCUCCAGCAAAGGGCUCGGCCUCCAGGACCUCGUCGUCCUCUCAGGCGGCCACACGAUCGGCAUCGGACACUGCAACCUGUUCAGCUCGAGGCUGUUCAACUUCACCGGCAAGAACAACCCCAGCGACAUCGACCCCGCCCUCAACCCACCCUACGCCAGAUUCCUACAGGGGCAGUGCCGGCGCAACCUGCAGAACCCCAACGACAACACGACGGUGGUGCCCAUGGACCCCGGCAGCAGCCUCUCCUUCGACAACCACUACUUCGUCAACCUCAAGGCGCACCAGGGCAUGUUCACCUCCGACGCCACGCUGCUCACCGACGGCCGCGCCGCCAACAUCGUCGACAAGCUGCAGGACCCGGGCGUCUUCUUCGACGCAUUCAAGAACUCCAUCAAGCGCAUGGGGCAGAUCGGCGUGCUCACCGGUGCCAACGGCCAGAUCAGGAAGAAAUGCAACGUCGUCAACUGAUGAUCUAUGAGAGCCAAUGCAACUUAAUUUAUAUACUAUAUUAUUCAGAUGAGUCAUAUAUACUUGAAAUUAUUGGUGACAUAUAUGAUUACCUGUGCAACGUGCACUGUAAUAGCAUAUCGAUCUUUUCCUUGGUGAUCAACCGUCAAAAGUACUAAAAGUUAUAUCAAUAAGUCCGUUUAGAGCUC